AUGCUCCGGCGCUCUCCGGUUCCGCGUCGCUACCGCACAGCAUGGCGUGAGCUGCUCCACCCGCUCCCGGUGUGGGCUCGCAAGCAGCAGUGGCUAAAGCGUGAUACCGUCGAGGUGAACGAGGCCAUCCUGCGUGAGCCCUAUUACCGCAUCAAAACCUUCGCGCAGCCCGCUGCCUUUGUGCCCCCUCGCGUGAGCGAGGGCGCCACCCACGAGCCAGACACGCAGCAGAGCAGCCGCUAUGGCGUGGAUCGUCAGCUGCGCGGACCGCGUCGCGCAGUGUCGCCGGAGCGCCUGCAGGAGCUGCGUGAGCAGCUGCAGUUUGUUGGGUCUGUUGGGCCUAAAGUUCCGCCGGCGGCAGAAGCAGGGCCGGCGUACCAAGACGAGUAUGGGACUCGCCUGCGCCCGCGCUACCCACAGUCGUGGGAUACAGUGCCUCCACACCAGCCCUCGCGCUCUGAGAUUUGA